AUGCUGGACGAAAACCUGCCAACGUUCUUCUUAAAGAAUAAUUCGCAGACCCCCCAACAAAGCACAAUCUAUCAUCGCCAACAUGGAAAUGAAGCUGAACCGGCAUAUACCCUCAAAUACCUCGAUCCCACUGCUACAACAUCACAAAACCGAUACGGUGUCGCCCUGUACGAUCCCUACGUCCCGGACAUCGUCUAUGGCGAAGUCGCCGUAAGCCCCGAAUGGACACAACCAAGCUUGUCGGCAGAUACAAUUCGAGCGAAUGGCGGUAAACCUCCACCUCCAGAGCCUAUCCUCCCUACCGAGUUCUCAAUCCAACUCUAUAACCCGGACCAACAAAUCUUGAUCCGUCAUCGGCCCAAGACGUGGAACAAACCAGCACGAUGGGAGUUCGAGAUGCCACAGCGCUCAUUCCGAGUUCCAUCAUCUUCCACACUAGAUCGGACGCAGAGUGAUCCUGCCGCGGCCGACGUGACUCCAAAAUUGCGCUUCAGUUGGCGCAAAGAUGGGAAACUGUCCAAGGAUCUCUCGUGUUUGCUUCAUGGGAAAUCUACCACGAUCGCAGACACCAAGAAUAAAAGUCGGGAGCCGGAUAUUACCGUCGCCAUCUUCCAGAGCCUGAAAGAGUUGACACUCUACGAACCGAAUCUAUACCGCGUGGAAAUGGAGGACUUCAAAGGCUUGGAGGUCGUCUUGUUGCUCGCAGCAGUAGCCAUCCGCGACAUUUUCUUUGGUCCAGCCAAAGAAGCGUUCCACAUCGUUCCGCCGGUGUCCACUGUAACAAACAGCAGACCACAGGCAGCUGUCCCCGGUCGCAAGAGCCCGAAGGCCCAGACCCAGGCAACCGCCGCUAUCCCAGCUCGCAAGCCCGAACCAGCACGACCAUCAAGCUCGAACCCCCAAUCUCCCGCAACGCAGACACGUCGAAAACAGGACGAGCUAGCAGCACAAGAAGAGCGCCGAACCCAAGAUCUUCUUGCAGCGGAGCGACGAGAACAAGAAAAAGCGCGACGGCGGAAAGAGGCGGACGUGGAGAGCGAAACGAAGCGUCUACAGAUGAUUUACGGACAAGAAGAGCAGCAAGUUCGAUUGCAGCGUCCCGAUCCAUCUACUACCUCACGACCAAAUCUUCCAGCCCGUCACACCGUGCCUCAGGGGCCAUACAGCUCGCAUCAGUACUCCCAGUCUCAUGCCUAUCUGGGUCCUCAACACCCUCCACAACCUCCCCGAAAUACUCGUCCACAAUCAUUUUACCCUCAAAGCCAACCGGCCCCUACUUUCGUCAAUAGUCCAUAUCUUCAGAAUCCUGCUCGUCUCGACCCCCGUGCCCAAUCUACUGUCAACUUUGGCCCGCCUCGGCCACAGUCUACUGUAGGGCUGUAUCAGGUGCCUGCUAGUUCUGGAGCGUUGCUGCCAGGACAGCCACCUAGGCCUCAGAUCCAGCCUAAGAAAAGCGGCUUCUUUGGUUUCAGGAGGAACAAGGAGGAGGGUAAUCCUCCAAAUAAGUUGGAUAAAAAGCGGAGUUCUAUGUUUUGA